AUGGGUGUCAAUCCUGAUGAAAGUCUUAUUGCUGAAGUUGAUGAAGAGGUUUUGCAUUCUCAUCGUGAACGUGUAGCCCCUACUCCAAGAGAAGAUGAUGAGGAUGCUAGGCAAGGAGAUAUUAUAAGAGAUUCUAUAGCAUUAGCCAUGUGGCAAAACUAUGUGAUCAUAGGUGGUAGAGUUAAUGGAACUUUUACCUCUAAGGCAUAUGAUGACAUAGUGAAAGAGUUGGUUGAAAAAUUUGACAUGGAAAUUAACAAAGAUAAGGUGAAAAAUCAACAGAAGACACUAAAGAAGAAUUUUCAUGAAUGUUAUGACAUAUUUAAAGAUGGAUUGAGUGGUUUUGGAUGGAAUGAUUCUUUAAAAAUGUGGACAGCUGAACCAGAAGUUUGGGAGCCACUCAUAGCGAUAAAUUACCAUUUUUUAUGGCACAACUUUGGGCUCGAUAGAGCAAAAGGUGAUCAUGCUGAAACUGCAAAGGAGAAACGUGUUAGGUAUGCUGCAUCGACCACUAUUGAUGAGAUUGAUAAUUUGAUAUCUCAAAAUGAAGUUUCUUUGGAGAACUUUGAAGUGGAAGAUGAUCAGAGGUCACCAGAAAUUAAUGUUGCACAUUCUCGAGUGUCAUCACAAGAUGCAAUGUCUUCUAAAAGCAAGAAAAGACGAUUGACAGAAGAUGAUGAACUCGGAAAUGUAAUUUCCCAGUCAUUUGAUAAUGUAUCAAAGGCAAUUGAUAGGGCGACUGAGGUUAUGGCAAAGUGCUUUUCAAAGUCAUAUGGAGCAGAAGUUCACGCAGCUUUGGGCCUAUUGGAGUUAGAUCCAAUAUCAAAGACUGAGGCCUACAUAUUUUUGAUGGAAAAUCCAACAUAUAAGGAGAUGUUCUUUGGUUGCCCAGAUCAUGAGCGCAAAUGUGUCUUAUUGACACUAAUGUCUAGGCCUAAAAAUUUAAAAAGUGUGGGAUUUUUUGGCCAACCUUAG